UUUCCACCUCUGUGUUGUAGCUUUCUUUAGGUGUAACACCAUGGUUAGCAUCAAAUGUUCCUCUGCCAUCCAUCCUCUAUUAUAUAUACUGAUAUACUUUGUGUUUUUCACAAUAAUAUGAGCCAAAAAAACUUUUUUUUUUCUUCUCUCUCAGAAAAUCACCAUUGACAUGUGCAGACGCAUGAACGUGUUCUAUCAACAAGCUAUCAUGAGGUCAAAGGUCAAAUCUAGCGUGUCCCUCGGAGCACUGGCCAAGUAUGUCACGACCUACAAGAACCACGACCCGUUCCUGGCUCCCUGCCUACCCAGCAACCCCUGGCAAACAGACGAUGACACCUACUGGACCCUCAACAUGAGACUGGUUGACGUCCCCACUAAGAUGCGAGUCGAGCGCUGGUCCUUCAGCUUGUUCGAGCUGCUGAGCGACCUGCGAGGCCGAGACGACUUCAAGGUCUUCCUCAAGAAGGAGUUCAGCGGGGAGAACUUGGCUUUUUGGGAGGCAGCUGAAGAACUGAAGUGGGGCACUGCAUCGUCCAUGACAACAAAAGCUGAGACAAUUUUCAAGACCUUCCUGGCCCCCGGGGCCCCCCGCUGGAUCAACAUCGAUGGCAGGACGAUGGGUCUGACAGUGAAAGGCCUGGACCACCCUCACCGCUAUGUGCUGGAAGCCGCUCAGACACACGUGUUCCUGCUCAUGAAAAAGGACACUUUCUUCCGUUACCUCAAGUCCCCGGUGUACAAAGACAUCCAGAAGAAGGCCCUGAACCCUGAGCCUCAUAACUUCAGUCCCGCCCAGCUGGAGAAGAACGCUCAGAACCGGGGCCUGGGCAUCCAUCCCAUCAUCCUGUGGCAGCAGGAGGAGGAGCAAAAGGCCAAGGCCGCCGUCGCCUCCGCCCCGGUCGACGUCAAGGCCAUGAUGAGCAAGAUAGACCGGAAUAAGUAACGUGUAUGCAGAUAAUGCAUGUGUGUACAGGGUUGGACACAACAUGUCCACACACACACGUACCAACGCAGGAAUGGGCCCUCUGUUAGGAGGAUACACAGUGUAGAAGAGAGCUUUCCUCAGAGUCCUGCAAUAGACUGUUGUUCUGUUUUAGCAAGUUAUAAAAAUCCAGUUUUUAUUAUGAAGGGUCAGUGUACAGGCCUACUAGGCACAGGCCCUGCGCGCCAUCAUCCAUGAUUAAAAGGCGUCUCCAGAAAUUAAAAUGUGUUUCCAUAAAAGUCAUGUUAAUGUCAAAGUUUGGAUCUCAUGUUACAUACGUGUAAUUAUUAUUAUUUGCAACAGUUAGGGUGAUAUUUGCUAAAUGCUACAAUGUUUCUGUCUAAAAGAGAUGUAAGGGAAUCAGAUUUUAGCAUCAUUUCAUUACCAGUCAUAGUCAAAAUACACUCCAGUAGGUCAGUGCACUGU